AUGUAUUCAUCUAGUAAAGAAAAACGUUUUUUUUUUUUUUCAAUAGUAUUUUCUGGUAAACGUUUAUCAUCACCAAAACCAAUUCAUUUACGUACAAAACCAUUAUCAAAUGAAUAUGAAAUAUCAUCGAAUCAUCAUCGUAAUUCAACAAAAGAAAAUCUUUCUAAAUCAUUUAUUAUUCGUCGACGACCAAUAUCAAAUGAUAAUGAAAAUAGUCUUAUUAAAUCUCAAUUAUUUAAUUAUAAUCAACAAUUACAACAAAAUACAUUUAAUGAUGAUGAUGAUAGUGAAAAUGAACAACAACCAAAUAAUAUUUCAACAACUAUAUUUAAUAUUGAACCAUCAACAUAUUAUACAACAACAACUCAUAAUUUUGAUAAUAUUGAUAUACAAAAAUUUCAUGAUCAAAUUAAAACAGUAAUGGGUCAAUUAAUUCCAUUUAUGAGAUUACAUGUUAAUGAUAUAUGUAAUCAAUCGAUUCUUAAUCAUAUUCGUGAUCGUAUUAUAUUUUCAUUUAAACAGCAACCUGAUACUGCUCAAUUAGUUCGUCAUUUUCAAAAUCAAUUUUCUGAAUUACUUGAAAAAGCAAUUGAAAAAUAUUGUGGAACAAUUAUUCGUGAAUGUGCUAAUGAUCUUAUGCGUGAUAUAUCUGAUGUUGCUUUUGAUGAAUUAAUUAAAUAUAAAAUCUAUCAAAAUACAAAUAAUGUUCAAACAACAAAUAUUAAUGAACAAAUGACACAACCAUUAAGUAAACAACAAGAUGAUUAUUCAAAUUUAUAUGAGUCAUCAGUUCGACAAUAUGCACAACAAACAUCAUCUGUUGACGAUAUAGAAAAUGAUAAUAAAUAUCAUAUUGAAUUAGCUGAAUCAGAAAAUCGACCAUUAACACUAAUUGGUAGUGAUGAAGAAGAUAAUGAUUCUGAUCAAGAAGAAAAUAAAGAUAGUGAAUUAGAAACAGCUGUAUCACGUCAAGAAAUUAAUUUGAAUCAAAAUGAAAUAACAUCAUCAAGUGAACUUAAUUCAAAUGGACAUGAAUAUAUAAUUGUUCAUCAUUCAAUACACAGUGAAAACCAUAUUGCUGUUGACAAUGAUGCUAUACCUAAUGAUGAAGAUAAAACAAAUGAAAAUCAAGACGUUGUCGAUUCAUAA